UCCCAUUCACCUCCAAGAGCUCUGUGGUGCUAGCAUCAGGCUUAGAUGAGCGUCAAUACACUCCGCUAGCUACUACAACAAGAGUACUGUUGAUUUCCAGCUGUAUACAACAGCAAAACGCACUGUGUGGCUGACGUGUUGGAUACCGUGUGAUUUUCAAUUAUUACUGUAGGAGAGACAUGGGGAAUCAUUCUAGCCGGAAAAACAGUGGACUCAAAUAUCACGGGAAAAAAGGUCGAGCUUUGAGCAAUACAGAUGAUCUAAAUGAGCCUCCAAUGGAUUCCUACGACAAAUUGGUGGCGUGGUUAGUAGAAAUGGCUGAAAAUGACAACUCUGGAAUCGACAAAGCAUCCUUUGUGAACCAGAUACAGAAUGUUUGUACGAAGCGCAAAAGUAAGCUACGGAACCAAGCAUCUUGGCAGACUUCAUGUGACUCCUAUACAAGUACGGAAACUCCCGCUGUCAGUAAAUCCUCUCGUUCAUGCGAAGACAUAAUUGACCCUAAUUCGAGACUACGUGUACCUGUGUCGAGCAGACAAACCACAUUUAGUGAGGACGAAGAGGACAAUGAAUUGAGAAAAUUGUCAAGUGAAAGUCUGUAUAACGAUGCAGAUCGAGAAAACGAUUUUGACGUAGUGGAUCCAAAAGAAAUUUUACUGAAGAAGCGAAAAAACUUUUUAACUUCUGGUAGAGCUGCGCAUGUUUUAAGUUCAAGCGUUGGUAAUCUUGUAGACAGUCAUGGCAUGCUAAUAAAUGAUAUCAGAAGAAAAAGUUCCAGCAUGGUGAUUAUGCAAGCGAGGGGACAACAUUCCGUGGACAUUUUAGAUCGACCAGAAUUACCACAGGUCACGGUGCAAAGUAGCAGUGAAGAGAAAAUCCUGGACGACGAGCUAUUGGACGGCAAUAUAGCUGACAUCAUGUUUGCUGUGGAAGCACUAUGGCCUAAAAAAUGAUACAUAUAACAGCCGCCAACGGUUGACAAUUUUGUGAACCAUCCCCCAGUGGUUUUAACAUGUGGAAGACUUUCAAUGAGUGACCAAGUUUGAUCUUGCCAAGUGUGACAUUGGAUGGACGUUGUUGGGUAUUCUAAAAACCCUUUUGUUGGUUCAGGUUCCAUUAUACGCACCGGUUGUAUAUGGAACUUUUGCACGAGCAAUGUGACAUGAUCACAGGACAUCACAUGAUUGGUUGAAUUUUUGCUAUCUCUCCGCCACGAUUGCCUUCCGUUGCUAGCACAUGCCAAACCGUUCUUUUAAACGAUGGCGCUUAGUGCCAAAUGCAGAGAUGACAUGAAUAUAUUGAUAAGUAUCUUUGUGCUGUAAAUUGAGAUAUUUAUGGAAGACGACUGCUUCAAAGAUUGAAAAUCUGUUUAAAUGAUAGUUAGAACUAUAUGUCUAUUUGUGUAUUUAAAAUCUAAAUGAUUUCCGAUGCCAAUCCUAGAAGAAAGAGUUAAAAGCAAUCAACAUUAGAAUAUUGGCAUUACUUUUGUCAUAUACUUCACUGUCGGCACUUUUAUGCGAUGUCAUAAUAUAUUUUAUUAUAAACCACUUUGAUAAUAGCUCUAUACAUUCCAAUUUUUCACAGAAUCUUUCCUGAUUUAUUUGUGGCAGACGUGCUGAAUCAUAACAGUACGAUUCUACUACAGUUGACCACUGUGUGCAUAAAAUCCAUUUUUGUAUCAUGAAUCAUUUUACUUCAUCAACUUCAUGUUCGAAUAGUGGCAAUAAUUCUACGUAUAUGCUAUGAUAUAUAUAUACAUAUAUAUAUUUGUAUUCCGUUUGUCUCUUGAGACAGCCAAAUAUUACUGUGUUGUAUAAUUGCUUACAUGAGGAACCAAUACCUAGAUAAAUACUAUCCAUUAUUGUGCUACGUUAAAUUCUUGUAACCAAAUCAAUCUGUAAAUGACUUUAACUAGUAACACACUGUCGUUGACACUUCUGACUAUCAGUAAAAUACUAAAUAUCUUCAUUUGCAAUAAUCACUUGUGCCGCAUUGCAAUAUUGAUUUUUAUGAAAAUGUCAAUUAUUCUACGAAUGAACUGACAAUAUGAACAACAAGGACAAGCUAUGUAUGUUUGUAGUAGCGGUGUAUAUAAUCUUACUGAUAUGCAAUAUUUUACAGCACGUUGUGGAAAAAAUCAAACACGAAAUUAUUUUCUUGUUUUUAGAACGCGAUUAAAUGAAUUUCCCCUUUUUAAGAAUCUGCUGCUUGGAUUUAUUUUAGACAUACAACUCAAAAAUCGAUCAACUGUAGUGAAUAUUUUAGCAAAAAAUCAAGUAAGAUUGUUUCGUUUUUAAAACAAUUGUCGUUUGGAAAAAAAAGCCUUAAUCGACUAGUGUGCUUUUUACUUUGAGUUUUUCGCUCUUUGACUAACAUGUAAACUUGUUAAUUUGUUGUGUAGUUACUGCUGUGGUGUCAAAACAGUUACAUGAUCAUACCGUAUAACAAUGUAACUUGGUGUUUGGAGUCGAUGUGUUCUCGUACAUGUACGACAUCGAAGAAACAUUUUUACUGCAAUUCUUAAAAUCUGUAAUAAAUAUUUAAACCAAG